AUGAGAAAAACAACAUUACUGCUUAUGCUAAAAGAUGACAGACAUGGACACAUGUCCCCAAUGUUACAUCCCCCUUCAAAAGAACUAACCACUGCUGGCAUGACCUCUGUACCUUUUAAUGUGGGUGACUAUGUUCAAGCUCAAAGAGUAUGGAAAAACUACCUUCCUGCCAUCAACAGCGUUACAUUUCUGGUGGAUUGUGCAGAUCAUGAAAGGCUGUUAGAAUCAAAAGAAGAACUCAAUUUGCUAAUGACAGCCGAAACCAUUUCUAACGCAUCUAUACUGAUUCUUGGGAAUAAGAUCAACAGACCUGAAGCCAUCGAUGAAGAGAGGACCCGCCAACAGGUGCCGCAUUUGCACCAAAAGGCGGCCCGGGUCUUUGAGCAGUACCACAGGCGCCUGGGCAGUGACUUCAACACCAACAAGCGGGUUUGCGCAGAGACCACCGUUAUUCCCAGCAAGAAGCUCCACAACAAGAUGGCUGGCUACAUCCCCCACCUGAUGGAGCGGAUUCAGAGAGGCCCAGUGAGAGGAAUCGCCAUCAAGCUGCAGGAGAAGGAGAGACAGAGACAAUCACGUGCCUGA